UAAAACCUUCUGUCGAUAUCAAACAUAGCAAUAUCAAACAUAGUGACCUAAAUCUUUAAUAUUAAUGAUAUUAAAGAUUAUAAACAGAACACACAGUCAUAAAAUAUUAACACAUUGUGUCUCUUCAUUCAUCGGUUACAGUUACAUACAAUAUUUUAACAUAAUUUAACUUUAAUCUUAUUGGAUAAUGGAUACUCAGGUAAGAAUCCAUGCAGCUAUUUUCAACUUCAUUAUCAACCAAAUCCGGCAGCGUCAAAUCCCACUACGUUUUCUCUGUACCGCUAAGUCGGUAGUUAGGGUGGGGCGGAGAGCGGUUUUGGCUGAUUAACGUGCACGUGACUAGUACGUAUGAGAAAGUUCGCUUGAUCAGAUAUUGGAAACCGCAUUCCGUUUAGGACUCGAAGUCUCGCAUAUUCAACCACAAAUUAACGACGUCACCCCCGUCCGCUCAACCGCAAGUCGACAAUGCCCCCCCAGUCGCCCAACAGCUGUUUCGUAAGUGACCUUGCAAGUCUAAGAUCACGAUGCUAUUGGCUGUGCGUGCCUUAUAAAGCAGCACCCAGGCCGCUCGCUCAUCUCCAAACACCCACCGACUUUGUUUCCCCUCUAUCUAGUACCAUACUACGCAGAUUGUUAUAAUGACACUUUUAGAAGCGAGGGACACGCCCGACCCUUCGGCGCACUUAGGAAAGUCGCGGUUCGGACGCGCACUCGCCAACAACCUAGAGUUACAGCAACAACAAGGCGAAGAAGCUCGUCAGAAAUAUAAGGGCCAGCUCUUGCGGGGUUCUCGCCUAAUCUGUCCGAAAACCGAGACAGAACGGGAACGUCUGUGGGAUGCUUGGGCUGUCUACUUCCGAGAUGUUCAAGGGAUCGACCUUGACAGUAUCUGGAUCUCCCUCUGCGAGGGCGCCGGUGUUACCAGAUAUAUCCGCGAAUUCUUCGCUAUGUAUAUCGAGAAUUCUACCUUCGAACGACCCUGCCUCGGGCCAGAAGAAUACAAGACGAUACGGGGCAUUAAGUCGGCUGUCUCAAUUGACGGAAUGUGGAAAGAUCUGAUUGCGAAGGCUGAGGCUAGCGUUCUUAACCGAAAGAGGAGGGAAGAUCCGUUAAAUAGGAAUAAAUGGACUAUAUGGAUCGAAGAAGGCGCAUCCGUGGAACAUAACCUUACUCGCCAACAGACCUUUGAGAAGAAGGAAAUGACGCCAGAAGAUGUUAUGAUGCUACUUGGAACGUUGUGGAAACAGGCCAGGCACAUUCCCAGCACCGCACGAACACGCCAGGCCUUUCAUGGCGCCGUUCUCGCUGCCGCUAUCGGAGGGUUCCGUCCUGGAGAGGUGAUGAACCUUACUUAUAGGCAGGUUGCUUUUGAGCUUGUGCGGGACCCGCUAGACUCGUCUAAGAGAAGGUUGGUUGUAUCAAUCACGAUCCGCCACAACAAACAGCAGGAGAAUGUGAUCCAGCGGAGCCAGCACAGAUUGGUCGCCUUCUCUAUUACAGUGAUCCCUUGUAAACCUAUUUGCCUAGCUAGCCUGUUGGCAGCCCGGGCGAUCACUGACCGGGCCUUUGACGCAAAUUUCCAUUCUCUUGAUGAUAUGCUCAACCGGCCCGAACUUGGUGAUCUGGAUUCUUUGCCUUUGAAUUGGGCGCUCGGUGUCGAGGACAAGCAAAUACUCCCUAUUUGCUAUCCGACGUAUUGGGAUAUGUGGAAUCGGACGCUUCAGGUUUGCAGCCUGCGGGAUGACAAGCAACGACCUUACUCCCUUCAUGUCGGUGCUGGAAGCCGACUCUCUAGGAACACCCGCGACGUGUUCCUCAAAAGCUACCAAGCACGCCAUGUCGCCCACGACUUGGUCCAGAUUGCGUUUGGUCAAAGUCUACCGGAGAGCAAUGGCGCCCUUUUUAAUUCCUUACGGCGCUCCUUCCUACAGCGAGACCCUGAUGCUCCACUUUACCCUACCGAAGCGGACCUAAGAGCAUUCGAGGAGCGGCAGGACAUCCGUGAUCUUCGUGCCCAGUACCAGCAGGUCGCGACGGAGAAGUCGGCAGAUCAUCCGGAUGCGAAAAAGAUAGCAGCCAAGAUCCACUGUAUUAGACACACCCUGUCUAAAGAGCUACUUGAGAAGAGGAGAACAGAGUGGUUUCGUGACUCGGACAAGCUUCGGGCAUCUGGGAAGGCGGUUUCUAAGGCACCUGAUCACGAUGUUAAUCCGUUCAAGCCCUUCGACCCGAACGGUGCAUCGGCCGCCGAAGCGAUCGGUCAGUUCAUGCAACUAGACGAGAGCGAGUAUGAGCAGGGAGCCAUCAGGCUUGUCGAUGUGUACUCAGCAUACCUUCGAAGACGGCCUACUGAGGUUGCUGCACUGCUUGAUACGAUCAAAAAGGACGAAGGUUGCACCCAAACUGAUAACGCUCUACAGGAAACUAUCAAGCACAACAAAAGGGUGCACUUCGACAAGGGCGACUUCGAUCGGCCUUUUCCGUGCCCGGAAUGUCGCCGCUUAGGCAGCCCGGAGUACAUGAUUGUGGGGCCGAUGCACUGGAGUAAUCACGCCGAAACAGCCCACGGCCAUGCGCAUGCCCCUGACAUGCCUACUGGCCUGGAGGUCAGGCCAGAUAUUCUCUUAGUCGAUGUGAGCUUCGGCCCGGAGAAUGGGCGCUGUCAUAUAUGUGAUGACAUUUUUAGAAAUGCCGGUGGCUUCGUUAGACAUUUCAGAGUCAUACACCUAGCGAAGCAGAACUUGUUUGAGGCGGUGUUUUCCUGCCCCGAAUGCGUGCGCGAAAAAGUCGAGCCUACCCGCAUUGAUAAUGUAACUAAAUGGCAGGCUCAUUUGGUUGACGCUCAUCAAGGCGGCGGUCUGUUUGGCCCACUACAUUCCCUACGCGAGCCACGACGACAACGACAAAAGCGCUCCCGGUCUACCGUCGCCGCCGAGUUCGCUCAAGGAGUUGAAAUGCCCACAUUUGGGUCGGUAGAUUGGCCUCCUGAAGGUUGGUUUAUGACACAAUACACCAAAAUGGUUGAUAUAGAAUUAAGGAGUAUGUCACAAACUGGUUUAGGGACAACCAAUUGA